ACAAACAUCACAAACAAUAUUUAUUAAUCUACUUUUAUUCAGUUAAACCUCUGUUGAAUUUUUCGAUUGUGCAAACGUCGAGAGUCACAACGCCAAACACUGAGACGUCGAGAGGGGGAACCUUGGGACGAUCAGCGAUCAGCUGAUCGUCAAUUGCAGCAUGCAAGUUGCAAACAGCAAUGAUUCACUUGCUUCCCUUCACUCCACCCAAUUUCCAUGAUUUCACAUCAAAAGUGGCACUGGUGAUGUGUAAUUAGGGCUUGGUAACGCAGUGCGACAGCAGUUUGAUGUUAAUCAGUCGAAUUAUUUGAUUAGUAAUUAGUGAAAUGGACUGUUAUAUCGAGAAUUAGAGUUUGGAGAGGUGAAACAUGGCGGGAUUGACAGCCAACACGAGUGGUUCCACCUCGGAGCUGAAUUAUGCCAAGAGAACGAGGUCCAACAGCUCUGGGACAGCGUCAACACCAUCAUCCUCCUUUGAUUAUGCACCUGGUGAUGCAGAUGAUAGCUCGGGGAGUCGAGUUGCUGUUCCCUACAGCUUGAAGUCUGUGGAAGCGCUUCUGUCGUUAUCGAAAACAGCUACCCUAGAAGAUCUAACCGAGAUGGUGGAAAAAUGUAAGCAGAUGGUCCUCGAGAGUGACCAGUGCACAGAAGAGAGAAAGUGGCUGGUGAGGAGAUUGAUUGAGUUGAGAUUGAGGGCCCAAGAGCUACGAGAGACGUCCGACGCCAAUUCCUUGGAAACCCAAGUGAUACUGGGACAUCAUCUGGUGCCACAGAAGUAUCAGAUCUCCAGUUCUGGUCCCAUGUACUGUGAUCACUGCAGUGCAGCUAUUUGGAUGAUGCUGCAGUCCUGGUACAUGUGCAGUGAUUGCGGAUAUUGCUGUCACUGGAAGUGCAUAACAGACGUUCGUAGAGUCUGCGCCAAUGUCGUGGCGAGUGAGGCUGGAGGGUACAUCUUCACGAAGGAAAUUUGCCCUGAAAAAGGACUCUCAGCUCAAUUGUACAGAUGUGCAGAGUGUCACACUAAAAUAACCUUCACUUCCGCAAAAAGUCUGUCAUUGCCAUGCUUUGGCAGUCCUUUCAGACAAACAGACUCCACCUGGGUUGAACCGAGACUAUGUGACUACACAGGCCUGUACUUCUGUCAGAGAUGUCAUUGGAACACUCUAGCUGUGAUUCCAGCGAGAGUGAUAAGGAACUGGGAUCUAGACCCGAGGAAAGUCAGUCGUUCUGCUUCUCAAUUGCUUGGAUUAUUAAAUGAACGACCGGUAUUACCACUAGAGGAAUUAAAUCCGCAACUAUUUACGCUUGUACCUGAUUUAUCGGUGUUGAAGAGACUGCGAGAAGAACUCCAAAUGAUGAAAAAAUACCUGGUCUUCUGCCCAGACGCCGACUUCCAGGGUCUCCCCUGGCGCGUAGGUCUCCGCACCCACAUGAUCGAGAACUCUGGAAACUAUUCAAUGAAAGAUCUCAUCGAUCUGCAGAGUGGAGUGCUCAUGGAGGAAAUAACUGUUGCAUAUGUCGCAAUGAGGAAUCACAUCACUGAAUCCUGCGAGUUGUGUCAUGCGAGAGGACAUUUGUGCGAAAUAUGUGGGAAUAAUGAGGUCAUAUUUCCGUGGGACGCCUCUGCCGUUUCCUGUCAUCAGUGCAAUGCUGUGCACCAUCGAGUCUGCUGGUCUAAACGGAACCACUGUUGCCCCAAGUGCACGAGGAUAAAGAAAAGACUUGCAAGGGAGAGUGAAAAUUGCGGGUCUGGUGAUGAAGAAUCCGCUUAAUUAGAUUUUAUUGUAUUUACUGAUGACGAAGGGGAUUUAAUGAUUGACGAAAUCGAAUGGAAAUUUAUGAUAAAUUAUUGACUCGUAAUUUUUUUAUGAAUAACUAUGGUAAUUGAAUUGUUUAUUGGUGUUGA